GAGCACGGCCCCCUCUCCUUCCCCUGGGCCGCGCACGACGCGCUGCUCGAGAUCGCGAGGCGUGCGGCGAGGCCGGCUGCGGCGCCGCCUCCCUCCCUCCCUGCGGCAGCAGGGGCGGAGGGCUCGCUCGCGGGCAGCAGGGGCGAGCGAGUCAUGCGCGAGUUCAACAGGAUGAUGCGGAGGCUCAACGCGCUCGACCCAGCUCUGGCCGGCAGCAGGCUCGAUAAUUGCGAGCGAAUCAACCACCUCUGUGACCAUCGCGGCAUCAUCACCACCAACACAAGGGCAUUGGCGCACAAGCUGAGGAAGUGGAGAAACUUGGCAAAGGGGGCGGCGCAGUCCGAAGCGGAGGUGGCGGCGUGGGAGAGGGAGGGCCCAACGUGCGAGGAGGCGAUCGACCAGGUGGUGGUGGCAGUCGAGGCCGAGCUUUCGCGCCUGUGCGCGGAUUCGGACAUCUUGUGGUAA